GGUGGGUGGGUGGGUGGGGGUGAGGGACGUGCUUGGGGGGGGGGGGUGACCCGGGGGAUGACUUGGCCACCUCGCCGGGUGUGGGACCAGGAUUUGGGGUGCCCGUGGCAGCGGUACGUGGUCUUGACGCCCGUGCCGGAUGCCAAAAUGGCUAGGAGGAAGAGAAAGGGGGAAGGCGAGGGCUCUAAGGAGCCCUUCAAGCCCGUCAGCGAGGAGCAGCGUGAGGCAAUUGGCCGGUGUUGUAUUUACAAGUACCUUACGAAGGGUCUUACGCUAGAGAGUUGCAAGGGCAACUUCAAGAUGAAGUGCAAUUUUUGCGAUAAACCCCCUUUUCAGGGCAGUCAGAUGCGGGGGGGCGAGCACUUCACGAAGGGGAGGUGCCCGAGGGUGACACCUGAGAUACUUGUCGACAUUUGGAAUUGGACAGAGUACCCUUUCAACCAGCGGCGAGAGAGACAGGUGCGGGAUUACAUGGAGUACCGUGGCAUCGCGAAUAGGAGAGAAGUAGGAGUUGAAGGGGCGGAGGACGACGAGGUACAUAAUGUUUUGGACAAGGAUGAAGCGGACAUAGAGGGAGGAGAGCGGGACGACGAGGACGAUGAGGUGGGCACAGGCAGUGGCAUAGAGGAGGAGCGUGCGCACAUAGUUGAUAAGCUACGUGACAUACGCGACCAGAUGGAGCACACGGGGGCUACCAUCCUCACGGAUGGGAGGAAGUCUCUCAACUCUGAGCCCAUUGUCAACUUCCUCGCCGCUGGACAAUCGGGCACAUUCCUUUACACGACCGUGCGCAGGGACGCGGUUGACGCAGAGACGGCAGACGUGGUCUUACGGCGGUGGAAGAAGGUGUUCGAAAAGCUCAGCGUGAAGAAGGUGAACGCGAUCUGCACGGACUCGGCAUCAUUUUAUGUCGUCGCUGGUCGAGCGCUUCAAAACGAUCCCGAUCUAGAUAUCCGUCGUAUCCCUUGGCUCCCUUGUUUUGUCCAUUGCUGCAACUUAAUGUUGUCAGACAUGGUCAAGGACAAGAAAUGGGCUAUCGAGUUGCUGACGAGGUCGAGGGUGGUUGUACGAUUCAUCAGAUCUCACGGGUCAGCUCUCGCCUUGUUCAGGAAGUACAGCGCCAGGACUGAUCACGACCCUGAUGGAGGGGAGACGACAGGCAAGCCACGACGGGGGCGAGAGUUGUUGUACCCUUGCCAGACUCGAUUCGCAUCUAUGUAUAUCAUGAUGGACAGGUUGCACGACCGGAGGGUUGCACUUGAGACGAUGAUGUUGGAGGGCGAUUGGGCACGACUUCCAUGGGAGAGGAGGCUACUCUCACAGGCUGGUUGGGUCCGCACGCAGUUGGCUGAGGAGAUUCGAAAGUUGGAGUUGGCAAGACCUCGCCUGGUUGGCAUGCUACAGGAUUGUUACGCUCGGGCAUGCCAUCUGUUGGAGCCCGCCCAUGCUGCCGCCCAUCUUCUAAAUCCGAAGAGGCAGGACUUCGUUUACUUCCAGUCUCCGAGGCGCAGCGAUCAAAAGAAGAAAGUGGCGGAGAUGACACUCGAGUACAUACACACGCAGACGGGCUUUGACCGGCAGGGACAGAUGUAUAGGUUGGUCCGCCAUCAGCUGUACGACUUCCACAGGCGCAGUCCGAUGUAUGAUUGGGGUGGAGAUGCAGUGAGCAGAGAGCAUGGCGGCGAGCAAGGAUUUGGUUUGGCUGUGCCAGAGGGAUCGAUUCCCUCGGUCAUAUUCAGGACAGACUUCGACGUCGGCAGUACUCCCACGUCGGAGGCGAGGCACGGCGGGGUGCGCGUUUGGACACCGGUGAGCGAUGUGGCGCACCACAUAGCGGUGGUUUUUGGUGGAGCAAGUUCGGGGAUGUUGGCAAAGUCUGUUAGACCGAUAGGCGAGAGAGAGGAGAGCAGACGUGGCGACGACGACGGCUAUAUGCCUCUGUCGCCGGUUCGAGGUGUUGCCAGACGGCUAGACAUGGAGCCUGUGGACGCACUUGAGGAGGAGCGGUUGAGGUUGAUGGUAGCAGGCUGUGUCAUGAUGCAGCGGCUUGCGUUGGAGCAGGACACGGCCAGGGCGAGGGAGAUGGGGUGUACAGUGGAGGAGGUCACUGCUGCCAGAGUAGCACGAGAGUGUACACACGGUGGUCCUGUGGGUGAUGGAGAUGGUGGAGGAGUCCGCGUGGAGGGACACGAGGACGAGGAGAACGUCUUCACCCCUGCGUUGGAUCAGACAGGUGGCGACGACGUCACUGCGGAUGGUGUGACAGGGGCGGACGGUGUUGCCACUGCAGACGGUGUGGCCACUGCGGACGGUGUUGCCACUGCGAACGACGUGGCCACUGAGGACGGUGUGACAGGGGCGGACGGUGGGAUAGGGGCGGACGGUGUGGCCACUACGGAUGUAGGAGGGUUGCUUGGGAGCGAUCCCACUGAGGUUGAGGGGCAGGUGGAUACAAUACUUCAUGACGUUGCCGCAGUUGAUGGUAGCAGGGUAGCAGAUCACACUCAGGAUGGUCCUGUCGCGAUGGAUGAUGUGGUUAGAGGUUGUAUUCAGGACGAGCGACAGAUGGAUGGGGUAGUUCUCGCUGCUGCCAUUGACGCACGCGCGUCCGGCAUGUCCACACUCGAGCGCCACAGUGUCGGGAUUGAUCCGGUGGUGGGCAGGAGCAGGCAUAUAUCUGAGCGGCUUUGGAAGGCUGUGCCUUCAUCUUCUUUCGUGCCUGUUAGUCUGGCAGCACCUUCGGGGUUAUCGGGGGAUAUUGGGAGGUCUAUGGAGAUGGCCGACCUGUUCGAGCAAUUGACAGGUCAGAGGGUUAUCGAGCCGGGAGGGGUGUCAUGUGGAGAAGGCUCAGCAGGUUCAGUUCCUGCGGGGACACGACCGACGUGCACAGGGGCGGUGAGUGGACGAGGAGGCGAGUCUGGUGGCAGUGUUGUUGGUGGGGAAGGUGUCCGCACCGUUAUCGGCGGACGGUCAGGCCUUUCAGGUGGGAGUGUUGGUGGGGGAGGGCGCGACCAUGUGCAGGGUUCUCCUUCGCCUUUAUCGAAGAUGAAGGGGAAGUCCGUAUCGUGGAGCGGGAUCAACAGGGUCACCCACAAACUCAAGGAUUGUAUGCCUGGGGUUACGGGUGAGAGGACGGAUCGUGGCGGGGGGUUGUCAGAGAUGUUUGCAGACGCAGCAGGCUGGGUACAGAAGGGAGACAGGUUGGAGCAUCCUGGUGCUGAAUCAUCAUGUGCCGCCGAGGGAUGGGGUAGGACGAUGGUUGCACCGUCGUCACGACUGCCUGAAGCAGGGGCGACACAUCGUGAUGGGCAGCGUCGUUCCAGAGGGCGAUCGUCCAGACGUCCUUCGUCCAUUGUCCGGCUUCCCCCCGUAUUGGCAGAGGACGUUACUCAUCGGGCCACAUUGGAUAGCGGUCGUGGAGGUUGUCUGUCGACUGAGAACGUUAUACUUGGGGAGGAGACGCGGCGUCAGACAGCGACAGGACCAGGUAGUCGGCGUGCCGCUGGGGGCCGCACGGAGGAUUCCGACACGGAUGGGGUGCCCAUGCAUAAGGGUACGAAGACGUACAACACCCUGACUAGCAUUUUGGGACGUAUUGCUACACAGGGUGCAGAGAGAGAGACAGAGCGUCAGGUGGUCGGGAGGAUGGCAGCCACAGGAGUUGACAGUCACGCCGUGUCAACACCACCAUAUUCAGGGGAGAGAGACGGGACAGCAGCGGCGGUCCCGCAAAGGCGGCGAGAGCACAUUGUAGACGAUGACGAGACAAACGAUGGGCAGUGCAACGUGCCUUAGACUGGGACUUCGCUGCCGCAAGGAUGA